AUGGCUGACCCCUACCAAAACAACGUAUACCACCAAGGUGACAGUUAUGGGACUUAUGGAGAAGGCGGUGGCCCUGAUGGAUACGGCUACCAGGCAGACUACCCUCCUCAGGAAGAGGAUGCAGCCAGCGAUGCGACAGAAGGCCACGAUGAAGAGGACCAGAUGUACGAAGGAGAGUAUCAGGGAAUACCACAUCCUGAUGAGGUGAAGGCUGCACAGAGAGCUGCACGGGCUAAAGCUCGAGCAGCCGGCAGUGCAGUCUCUGAACUGGAGGAGUUAUCUGAGCAGUAUGAAGACAUCAUGGAGGACUGUGGUCACGGGAAGUUCCAGUGGACUCUCUUCAUUGUUCUGGGUCUGGCUCUGAUGGCAGACGGGGUCGAGUGUUUCGUGGUUGCGUUCGUUCUACCAUCCGCAGAGAAGGAUCUGUGUUUGUCCAAUGCAGAGAAAGGGAUGUUGGGUCUGAUGGUGUUUCUGAGCAUGAUGGUGGGAGCGUUCCUGUGGGGGGGGCUGGCAGAUAAAGUUGGCCGUCGGCGCUGUCUGAUUGUGGCAUUAGCCAUUAACUGUGUCUUUACCUUCCUGUCCUCGUUUGCUCAAGGCUACGGCUUCUUCCUCUUCUUCAGGCUGCUGUCUGGCAUUGGUAUUGGUGGCACAGUGCCAAUCGUGUACGCGUACUUCUCUGAGUUCCUUCAGAUGGAUAAGAGAGGAGAGCAUCUGUCCUGGCUGUGUAUGUUCUGGAUGAUUGGUGGGAUCUACGCCUCAUUCACUGCCUGGGGAAUCAUUCCCAGAUAUGGUUGGGGGUUCAGUAUGGGCACAGAGUUCCAGUUCCAUAGCUGGAGGGUGUUUGUCCUGGUUGCGGCUCUUCCUGCCAUCGCCUCCCUGGUUGGACUCACCUUCAUGCCCGAGAGCCCUCGUUUCCUGCUGGAGAAUGCCAAACAUGAUGAGGCGUGGAUGAUCCUGAAGCAGGUCCAUGACACCAACUGGAGGGCCAAAGGACAGCCAGAGAAAGUCUUUACUGUGACUCACAUCAAGGCUCCUAAAACGGCAGAGGAUGAGUUUAUUGAGAUACAGAGUGCUACAGGAACAUCUGUACAGCGCUGGGCUGUCCGCUCACUAACACUCUGUAAACUGGUGCUGAAGAACGUAGCAUCUCUCCUGUCUGCUGAGCUCAGGUUGGCUACACUCUUCAUGGCCAUCAUCUGGUUCUGCAUGGCUUUCAGUUUCUACGGUCUUUCUGUGUGGUUCCCUGACAUGAUCAAACAUCUCCAGAAUGAAGAGUAUGUGUCCAAAGUCAAGAUCUUCCAUAGAGAACGAGUGGAGAACUUCCAUUUUAACUUUUCUUUGGAGAACCAGAUCCAUAGAGAAGGAGACUACAUCCAUGACAAGUUCAUCAGUAUAGAGCUGAAGUCAGUGAAGUUUGAGGACUCACUGUUUGAAGACUGUCGCUUUGAGGACAUCAGGUCCACAGAAACGGUGUUUAAGAACUGCACCAUCCGCUCCACUGUCUUCUACAACACAGACCUGAGGGAGGAGAAGUUCAUCGACUGCAGAAUGGAGAAUACCACCUUUGAGCACAACAAACACGGCUGCCACCUGGACACUCUUGAGGAGAAUGACGUUCUCAUUUACCUGGUCAGCUUCCUGGGCAGUCUGGCCGUGUUGCCCGGCAACAUCAUCUCUGCACUCUUCAUGGAGAAGAUCGGCAGGGUGAAGAUUAUAGGUGGCUCCAUGCUCAUUUCAGCAGGUUGUACCUUCUUGCUGUUUCUGAGCUUCAGCCAAGCAGCGAUCAUCGCCCUGCAGUGUCUGUUCUGUGGCGUCAGUGCAGCUGCAUGGAACGGCAUUGAGGUGGUGACCGUGGAGCUGUACCCUGCUUCUAAAAGGGCCACAGCGUUCGGCUUGCUGAACGCUCUCUGUAAGUUGGCGGCGGUGCUCGGCAGUUCUAUCUUCGCCAGCUUCGUGGGCAUCACCAAAGCCAUCCCCAUCCUGCUGUCCUUCGCUGCACUGGUAUGCGGCGGCCUGGUGGCUCUCAGACUGCCCGACACGCGAGAGAAAGUCCUCCAGUGA